GGUGAGGGAUGUUCAGCUGCCACAUGCAACUUCACCACUUUAUGUCACUAAAUUCUACACAAUGCAACUUUAAACUCAUUACAUCCAGUGUUUUAUUUGGAUCUUCACCGAGUUACAUACACUCAUAAAUAUCAGUUAUAACAAUUUCUUGAUCUGCACCCUUAUCUGGAUCCACAAUAAAAUUGAAUGGCUUCUUUCGUAAUCCAUAGAGUACCUUCUGUUUCGUGAUAAUCCAUCCAGUAGAUUUUGUGUAAUCAUGCUAACUAACAGACAAACAAACAAACACAUAUUUAAAAAAAACGACCUCCUCGGCAGAGGUAAAAAGGCUUUUCUUCCCGUAUUUAUUUUCUGUAACUGAACCACAUGACCAACAGCAUCAAAAGGAAAAAAACAUCCGUCAUGUUGCAUCAAGCUUGUGUCACUUCCAGACACAGGAGAACAGCAGCUCACUCAGACAUGGUUUUGUACAAACCCUCCCACCGUCUAAUUCUAACCAGUAAGAUCAACGUGAGGCUCCGCUCUGCAGUUGUUGUGCCUUGUUGUUUUGACUGCAGCCGUUUACCUCUUACCAUUUCAUAACUCAUAAUUAUCUGUCCAGACCCAGGGCUCCGUGCAUGUAAACACAGGCAGGUAUGCUCCCAGCUCUCGUGACAGGAUGCUUGCUUCAUCCAUGUUUCUCAAUGAGGAGGCUGAGAGCAUCCGAGAGUUUAAAAGACAAGCUGCUCAAGGGAUGUUUUCUCUCUCCGUCUCUUUUGUUUCUUGUCCUGCUGAAGCAUCAGCCCGUUCCCUGUGUGAGUUCAGAGCGUCAAAGUGAGGAAGCUGCUCAGCUCUGUGCAGACAGCCAACUGACAGGAAGGAAGGAACAACUUUAACUACUACGCCACAGCUCAACAAAAACUCAGAAACAUCAGACACUGGGUGUCUGUGGAAUCAGACACUACAGGCUGGCAAAAAGGGGGAACUGGAGCUUAAGCAGCAACCCCCCUCCUCCUCCCACAAUAUCCUCUUUUGGACCCAACCAGCCCCCGUUUUAAUGUUAUCUCUUUGGUUUUAGCGUGGCUCUCGCUCACACACAAACACACGUGUGAGGAUGAUUGCCCGGGCAGAUGGUGCUCAGUGUGUGGACUAGAAGCUGAGAAGAAGCUGAGAGGGACAAACUCCUCGUCCAUCAUGGGAUGCUGCAGUGUGACCCAGAGGCAUACUGGAGUGGACGAGGUGGGCCCCGAUGAGAUCGAGCUCCUGGAACUCUCUGGAGACAACUUAGGGGUGUGGAGUCUGGGAGAAACCAGGCUGCAGUUGAGGAGAAGCAGCAGAGAUGAGCAGCAGCCACAGCCGCCGCCACUACCGCCGCCACGCUACCCUUCAGUACGACACCCGGAGCAAGAGGUGGUGCUGUGGGGCAGGAGCAGAGAUGAGCUGCACCAUAGGAUUUAUUCCCAGCAGCCAAUCAGAGGCUGGGAGGGUCAACCAGCCCACAUGUAUGGAGAGGUUACCCACUCCUCUCUGGUGUCUCUCUACAACAGCUACACACAGGAAACCAGCGAACACUUCCUGGUGCUGUUCUCAUUUCACCUGCUGAUCCUGUCUCUGGACCACUCUCGACAGGACUUCAUCUAUCAGGGCAUCCUUCCUCUUUCUGGCCUCACCUUCCAGGCUGUCUCCCUGGAGGCCGACACGUCACAUUCACCUCACAUGUUUGAGAUCAGCGGACCAAUGGUGGAUUCAAAGGUGUUCCUAUGUGACAGUGCUGCAGCGUUACAGACAUGGACGCAGCAAAUAGAAGACAGGAGAUACAAGUCAAUGACACAACCCAUGAGUCCCUCUCACUGCGCCCUCUCCUAUCUAUUACCGUGUGAUAUGCUCUGGAAAAGAGAAGAACUGCUCAAAUACUUACUACAAGCUCCAAUAUGGCAGUGGGAGGGUUCACCCAUACAGCACAUGGGUCAGCCAGGAUACAUAUCGAUCAUCCAUAUCGUCAACUCACAGAGACAGGGACGCCAAGAAAGACUGAUGGUUCUCUUCCCUCAAGACGUCCUGCUGCUGUCAGUUGACAACAAGCGGCUGAAUAUAAGAUAUGAGGGCAGGUUGCCUCGACACAGCAUCAGAGCAGUGGAGCGCUCAGCCUUGCCCGGACAGCUGGAGUUUGAGCUGACAGGUGAUCUGGUGGAGCCCCUGCAGGUCUCUUGCACCUGUCUGGAGGAUUAUCAGAACUGGAUUUUUCAACUACAACAGCCGGACAGAAGCAGCCACAUCCCUGUGAUUCAGGCUGCACCUCCAAUCCUGCCAAAGCUGCAUAGGAGCAGGAAGGAGUCCCAGGAGCCGAUAAUGACCGCCGACCAAUGUCACAUCAAUGGACGCAGCUGACUCACCAGAGAGUAAAAGUUCACUGGAACUAACUGUGUAGAUAGCUUGUACAUAUUACUUUUACAUAUAAUUUCUGCCACAGAGUUGAGAUGAAGAUGCCCUAAUUUUGAUGCAUGAGGUUUCGUCACAGAGGAACUGAAAAGAUACUUAGUUCUUUCAUGUGGGGACAAACGGAAAUGAGGCCAUGACCUGGAUUCUGACCAGAUGUAGACAUUGUAGAGCUGUAUUGGUUUUAACAGAAACAGAACUGAUGAACAUUACUUUUGCAGAAUAAACUGUUUUAAAAAAGA